AUGCUUGAGCUACACGUAUGGGGCCCCGUAUUCGGGGUCCCCUCUAUUGACGCCGAAUGCAUCGCCGCCAUCACAUAUCUUCAUAAUGCGGCCAGGGAUACCGUUCAGUUCCGCAUCGUUCCAAGCAACGACGCCUCCGUAAGCCCCUCAGGCUUGCUUCCCGCCUUGAACCAUGAUGGCGUAUGGACCAGCGGCUACGCCGCGAUAGUGAGAUACCUCAGCUCAAAGUCACUCGGUGACAACCUCGAUGGCCGCCUGGAUGCGGCCCAAGGGGCCGAUGUCGCUGCCUUUGGAGCCUACCUCAGCGUCCACGCCUCGGCCCUGCUCGAUCUCUCCCUCUACGUUUCGGCAGCCAACUGGUCUGCCGUGACGCGGCCCGCGUACUCAACGCUUCUCCGGUUUCCCUUGACCUGGACGGUGCCGACGCUGAUUCGCGCCGAGGCCAUCCAACGCGUCGAGCACCUCGGGCUCGCAGAGCUCGACACAGACUUUGAUCCCCAUGGCGGUCUGCAUCUCACCGCAGGAAGAGACGCCCUGCCGGAGACGCUCCGCAAGCAUCUCCCAGGAACGUCCAAUCACAAAAAUACUGUCAAGGAGGAAAUGACCCCCGAGCAAGCAGUUGCCAUCCGACUCUUUAGCUUAACUGAGAAUUGCCUGGCAACUUUGGAAGGGCUCCUGUCAGAAACGGGGACGCAACCACCUCGCUUCAUCCCAGGGCAAGCCUUAACAUCGUUGGACUGCCUCGCUUUCGGCUACCUUGCAUUGAUGCUGAAAGCGCCUGUGCCACGAGCCUUUCUAAAGGACUGGGUAGCCGAACAUGCUCCCCGGAUUACAUUGUUCGUUGAUGAUAUUCUGGCCAACGCUAUCCCAUCAUCCGACAGUACUGUUUGGGCUGCUCCACCGCAUCGUGGCUAUCUUCACGCCACUCGCAGGGUUUUCGACUCUGUUGUCCGGCACACGCCUGUUCUUGGCGAGCAUUACGCCGGCGAGGUUCGCCGCCGUUGCGAAGGCAAGAUUGUCGGCAUUGACCAGCGGAGUGUGUCGCUGGCAACCGGGCUACUCUUCACCGGUGCUGCUUUCAGUUACGUGGUCUAUUGGUACCGCAACCUUGCACCGUUUGGCGCCCGCGUACAGACUUGGCGCUCAUACAAACCGGUCAACUCCCGCCUUAGUCAGUUUGGUGAGCUCGGCUCCAUGCUUGAUAGUGUCCUUGGCCCUGUUCAUCCUGCUGCGAGUCCCAUUGCCGCGGGCGCUGGAACAGGUGGGCGCAUUGUCGACAUCGACUCCGAGAUUGACUGA